UUCUACACCAAGAUAAAUCCUAAAACUUAUAAAUUACAAUCCACAUGUUCUAUUGUUGGGCCCGUACUGACACGGGUCUUGCACUUCUAGUAUUAAUAUACAAGGUCAACAUUGUUUCUUAUGUAUAAUAAAAUACUAAAUAUCGAAUUUACGUGACUUCUUUGAGUAUUUACGUUUUUAUAUUUUGAAUUAUACAAAUUUACGCUCCGUCAUCGGUUACAAGCUGACCUAUACAUUUUAUUUUUUCGUAAAAGAAAAAGGUGUUCAAUUUGCUCACUCCUACUGUAUUAUCAAGAAAAUUCCUUUCUUAUCAUAUUAUAAUCCCAGUCCCUCCAUUUUUACAAAUAGUCCCGAAAUUAGAUAGUACCUUACGUCAAAUAUGAGAUAAAGUUAAUUUUAUCUUGGAACCAUUUUCUUAUCCGGUGUACCAAAUCACACUCCUACCAAACUGGACCACAAACUUCCUGAUUUCUUCUGAUCUGUUGGUGAUAGAUAUCUUUACCUGAACAGCCUUAAUAUUCCAUUUACACCUUAUAAUCAAGAACCCAAAAACCCAACUCAUUUUUCUCAGCACAUCCUUCUUUUAGCCAUGGCAACACAAUUAGUCCAACAACUUCAUUUCAUACUCUUCCCUUUAAUGGCACCAGGCCACAUGAUCCCUAUGAUAGACAUAGCCAAAAUCCUAGCAAGUCGCGGCGCUAUCACAACUAUCAUCACCACUCCAGUAAACGCGAAUCGCUUUAGUUCAACCAUCAGUCGUGCAACACAAACUGGUUCAAAAAUCCAAAUUGUCACGCUCAAUUUCCCUAGUGAAGAGGUAGGCUUACCAAAAGGCUGCGAAAAUCUUGACAUGCUUCCUUCACUAGACUUAGCUUCAAAAUUCUUUGCAGCUAUCAGUAUGCUCAAACAACAAGUGGAAAAUCUCGUAGACACAUUAAAUCCUAAGCCAAGUUGUAUAAUAUCAGACAUGGGCUUACCAUGGACAACUCAAAUUGCUGAGAGUAAUCAUAUACCAAGAAUUGUUUUCCAUGGAACUUGUUGUUUCUCUCUUUUAUGUAAUUACAAAAUACUCACCUCCAAGAUUCUUGAAAAUUUAACGUCUGAUUCGGAGUACUUUGUUGUUCCUGGUUUGGAUGACAAGAUUGAACUAACGAAAGCUCAGGUAUCAGGCUCCGCGAAAACCAACAGUUCUGUUAGUUCCUCUGUAUUGAAAGAAGUCACAGAACAAAUCAGGUUAGCUGAGGAAUUAUCAUAUGGUGUGAUAGUUAAUAGUUUUGUGGAGUUAGAGCCAACUUAUGAGAAAGAGUAUAGAAAGGUUAAAGGGAAAAAAGUUUGGUGUGUUGGACCUGUUUCUAUGUGCAAUAAAGAUAGUGAAGAUUUGGUUACAAGAGGUAACAAGAGUACAAUUGUUAAUCAAGAUUGCUUGAAAUGGCUAGAUAGUAAAGAACCAAGAAGUGUUAUUUAUGCAAGCCUUGGGAGUUUAUCAAGAUUGACAGUAUUGCAAAUGGUGGAACUUGGUCUUGGUUUAGAAGAAUCAAAUAGGCCAUUUGUUUGGGUAUUAGGAGGAGGUGAUAAGUUACAUGAUUUAGAGAAAUGGAUUGUUGAAAAUGGAUUUGAGGAAAGGAAUAAAGAAAGGGGGCUUUUGAUUAGAGGUUGGGCACCACAAGUGCUAAUACUUUCACACCCGGCUAUUGGCGGAAUUUUGACUCACUGUGGAUGGAAUUCUACGUUGGAAGGUAUUUCAGCUGGAUUACCUAUGGUAACAUGGCCACUUUUUGCUGAGCAAUUUUGCAAUGAGAAGUUAGUUGUCCAAGUGCUAAACAUUGGAAUAAGCCUAGGUGUGAAGGUGCCUAUCAAGUGGGGAGAUGAGGAAAAUGUUGGAAUUUUGGUGAAGAAGGAUGAUGUUAAGAAGGCAUUAGACAAACUAAUGGAUGAAGGAAAAGAAGGACAAAUAAGAAGAACAAAAGCAAAACAAUUGGGAGAAUUGGCUAAAAGGGCAUUUGAAGAAGGUGGGUCAUCUUAUGUUAGCUUGACAGCUAUGAUUGAAGACAUCAUUGAGCAACAAAAAUCACAAGAAAAAUAGUCAAGAUAGUUAUGAAUAACUUUUCUAUGAGUUUAAUUUUAAAGAUUUUUAGCAUUGAACCUGUUGUAUUUAUAAAAUUACGAAUUUAGACUUACUAUUUAUCGCAAUUUUAAUAAUUUUUCUUGUACAUAAAUUUAUAUUUUCGCGGAAAGUAUUCAAUUAAGAUGAAUUUGAUGCUG